UUUACGUGUUUAGCAGGAAGCUUCGCAGAAUCAGGACAUUGCGUGCUCACUUUACCGGUGUCGACUCUGGAGGCUCAUGUGUAGCUGUCAUUUGUAGCUAAAUAGUUUUGUAUCGUUACGUUUACAUCUAACUAGCUAAAAAUAGAAUACGUUAUUCAUCUUAAAAUGUUGUGUUUGAGUAGUUUGUCGGUCGCCCUCGCGGCGCUAGCGUUGGUACCGAGUAGUAGCGACGCUUUGAAAGAUGGGGAGUGUGAAGUGUGUGUGAGCUUCCUGGGUCGGUUCUACCAGUCAUUGCAAGACAAUCAUGUUAAAUUCACCAGCGCAGACAUCGAGAAGGACCUCGUCAAAACCUGCAAAGAUGCCAAGGGCAAGGAAAACCGCUUUUGUUACUACAUUGGUGGAACAAAUGAUGCAGCCACCAAAAUCCUCAAUGAAAUCUCCAAGCCCCUGAGUUACCACACACCAGUGGACAAGAUCUGUGAGAAACUAAAGAAGAAGGACAGUCAGAUCUGUGAACUCAAAUAUGACAAACAGGUGGAUCUGAGCACAGUGGACCUGAAGAAGCUGAAGGUGAAGGACUUAAAGAAGAUCCUGGAGGAGUGGGGAGAGUCGUGUAAAGGCUGCGCGGAAAAGUCUGACUUCAUCCGCAAGAUCAAUGAACUCAUGCCCAAGUACGCCCCCAACGCAGCCCAAGCAAGGACUGAUCUGUAACAGAAUGGAGGGGAAGAGGGGAUUCAGACCUGGGUUUGUGUUCAGUGUUUCGGAGUAGGAGUGCUGAUCUAGGAUCCGUUUUUUUUUUUUUUUUACAUCAUAAUGGAUAAGAAAUGGUGGGACCCACCUGAUCCUAGGUCACGCGUCAACUCUGAAACACGGUGUCCCAAAUAGUACCCUAUUCUCCUAUAUAGUGCACUACUUUUGACCAGAGCUCUGGGUCCUGGUCAGAAAUAGUGAACUAAGUAGGGAAUAGGGUGCCAUUUGGGGAGGAUACUGUGUUACUAGGUGCCAUGGUGGCUCUGAGGUUAUUUUUGUGGUGUGAAAUGUUCGCUGUGCGGUAUAUGAACCACCCGACAGUCUGUACAUGCCCUUUUAGUUUCUUUUUUUGAAGGGAUAGACUUUAUUAUUUGACUUAAUUAUUAACGGUUUAAUAAAAAUAGAACAGGGGUGGACAAGCUUUUAGGCAGAGAGUCCUAGACAGUGUGGAUGCAGGGAUUUUAUUCCAGGCAAGCAGUAAGUAAUGUUCCUGAUUCUACUAAUCAGUCUGCAAAUCGAGACCUUGAGUUGUGAUACUGUGGUGUGACACUGCUUGGCUAGAACAAGUACCUGCACCCAUACUGUCCCUAAACCUCUAUCGAUAAGGGUGGCCACCCCGGAAAGGAAAUAGAAUUUAAGAUGGAGGGGAAAAGAAAUGAGAAGACACAACUUGAAAGGAAUUUGUGCUGUUCUUUCACACUGAACCUUUCAUGUUAGACCUAGUGUUUGUUACAACUGUGCUCUACUUUUUCAUUAAAAUAUGAAAACCCAGUGUCAGAAGUGCCAUGAUCAAAUGUAUAUCUAAUUUUGUAUGAAUACUUGUGCACCAACUGAAUUAUCUGGCUUAACUACAUUACCAAAGCUUAUGACUCUCAGCUUUUUUUUUCUGAAUGUGACUGCCCAGGGAGCUUCUGAAGAACUGCAUGAACAUAUUUCACUAAUGGGAGGCAUGUAUGUCAUUAAUGUAUGACUAAUAUAAGGAACUUCGUCUAACUUUU